CUCUUUUAUGUGAUCUUUCAUCAUUAAGGAGGCUACUGCUGCUGUGUUCUUGUGGAAGUGACAGAGUUCCGUGAGAGACGAGGAAGUGCGUAAAUUCUCUAAAGGCCUACACUUGAAACUGGAGUACCAUCAGCUCUGUCUGCCACAUUCUGCUAGCCAAAGCAAGUGACAACACCAUCCCAGAUUUCAGAAGUGGCGAAAUAGACUCUAUCUCUUGAUGGAAGGAUCGAAAAAUUCACAUUGUGAAAGGCAUAGAUACAUCCAGAGUUGGUGGUUCCAGGAUUUUACUCAGAAUGACAUUAGGAAGAGAAGUGACAUCUUCCCUUCAGACAGUGUCUUCCUAUACUGCAGCUGGCAGAAAUGUCUUAAGAUGGGAUCUUUCACCAGAGCAAAUUAAAACAAGAACUGAGGAACUCAUUGUACAGACCAAACAGGUGUAUGAUGCUGUUGGAAUGCUCAACGUGGAAGAAGUAACUUAUGAGAACUGUUUACAGGUGCUGGCGGACGUAGAAGUGAAGUACAUAGUGGAAAGAACCAUGCUAGACUUCCCUCAGCAUGUGUCCUCUGACAAAGAAGUACGGGCAGCAAGUACUGAAGCUGACAAAAGACUUUCUCGUUUUGAUAUUGAGAUGAGUAUGAGAGAAGAUAUAUUUAAGAGAAUUGUUCAUUUACAGGAAACUUGUGAUUUGGAAAAGAUAAAGCCUGAAGCCAGACGAUACUUGGAAAAGUCAGUUAAAAUGGGAAAAAGGAACGGACUCCAUCUUCCAGAACAAGUACAAAAUGAAAUCAAAUCGAUGAAGGAAAAAAUGAGUGAGCUAUGUAUUGACUUUAACAAAAAUCUCAAUGAGGAUGAUACCUUCCUGGUAUUUUCCAAGGCUGAACUUGGUGCUCUUCCUGAUGAUUUCAUUGACAGUUUAGAAAAGACAGGUGAUGACAAGUAUAAAAUUACCUUAAAAUAUCCACACUAUUUUCCUGUCAUGAAGAAAUGUUGUGUCCCCGAAACCAGAAGGAAGAUGGAAAUGGCUUUUAAUACAAGAUGCAAAGAGGAAAACACCAUCAUUCUGCAGCAGCUACUGCCACUGAGGGCCCAAGUGGCCAAGCUACUUGGCUACAAUACACAUGCUGACUUUGUCCUUGAAAUGAAUACUGCCAAGAGUACAAGCCGUGUGACAACCUUUCUCGAUGACUUAAGCCAUAAAUUAAAACCCUUGGGUGAGGCAGAAAGAGAGUUUAUUUUGAAUUUGAAGAAAAAAGAAUGUAACGAGAGAGGUUUUGAAUACGAUGGAAAAAUCAAUGCCUGGGAUCUACACUAUUACAUGACUCAGACAGAAGAACUCAAAUACUCCAUAGACCAAGAGUCCCUCAAGGAGUACUUCCCCAUCGAGGUGGUCACUGAAGGCUUGCUGAACAUCUACCAGGAGUUGUUGGGACUUUCCUUUGAGCAAGUGACAGAUGCGCAUGUUUGGAAUAAAAGUGUUACACUUUACACUGUGAAGGAUAAAGCUACUGGAGAAGUGUUGGGACAGUUCUACUUGGACCUGUAUCCAAGGGAAGGAAAAUACAAUCAUGCAGCAUGCUUUGGUCUUCAACCUGGCUGCCUUCUCCCUGAUGGGAACCGGAUGAUGUCUGUGGCUGCCCUUGUGGUAAACUUCUCACAGCCAGUAGCAGGUCGCCCCUCUCUCCUGAGGCAUGAUGAGGUGAGGACUUACUUCCAUGAAUUUGGUCAUGUCAUGCAUCAGAUCUGUGCACAGACUGAGUUUGCACGAUUUAGUGGAACAAAUGUGGAAACUGACUUUGUAGAGGUACCAUCACAAAUGCUUGAAAAUUGGGUGUGGGACAUUGAUUCCCUCCGAAGAUUGUCAAAACAUUAUAAAGACGGAAGCCCUAUUACAGAUGAUCUGCUUGAAAAGCUUGUUGCUUCUAGACUGGUCAACACAGGUCUUCUGACCCUCCGCCAAAUUGUUUUGAGCAAAGUUGAUCAGUCCCUCCAUACCAAUACAUCGCUGGACGCCGCAAGCGAAUAUGCCAAAUAUUGCACAGAAAUUCUAGGUGUUGCAGCUACUCCAGGCACAAAUAUGCCAGCUACUUUUGGACAUUUGGCCGGGGGAUAUGAUGGCCAAUAUUAUGGAUAUCUCUGGAGUGAAGUGUUUUCCAUGGACAUGUUUUACAGCUGUUUUAAAAAAGAAGGGAUAAUGAAUCCAGAGGUUGGAAUGAAAUAUAGAAACCUAAUCCUGAAACCCGGGGGAUCUCUGGACGGCAUGGACAUGCUCCAGAAUUUCUUGAAACGUGAGCCAAACCAAAAAGCGUUCCUAAUGAGUCGAGGCCUGUGUGCUCCAUAAACAGGAUCUUUGGUAGCAGUCCAUGUCUGGAGGACAAGUCGACGUCGCCAUGUGUUACUGGCCUGGAAACUGAAGGGAGUUUGCAGAUGAAAAAUUAGAUUUCUAUUGACUUCUUUUUUUUUUUUUAUUUUAAAACUUAUACUUAUGUAAAUGGAAUUAUAAAUACUGUGACCUAAAAAGACCUAAUUGAAAAUAAUUGUACUAUAAAAUUUCAUAAAAAUGGAUUUGAUUUCUUUUGAUAAAAGUUUCAUAUGAAUGUAAUUUGAUUUUUUUACUAUUAUAAUCUAGAUAAUAUAAUGUAAGAGGGCCAAGAAUUUUUAAAUUGAAUCAUAUACAUGAUAUAAUUUGAUCCUUCUUAUAUCUUAAAAUUUUGUACUUGGGAUUUCUGAACUGAUAAAUGAAUCAUCAAAUUCCUCUGGUAAAUAUUUUCCUGGAGCCCUGAGUCAACUUUGAUCCUCUGCCUCCCUGUAAGGUGUGACCUUGCCUUUGCCUGCAUGCCUCAAGGCCAAGGAAAUACGACACAGUAAUUCCUUUAUCUUUGUAUACCAGGCCUCAAAGUUCCCAGCUUUCUGCCUCUUUAUGUUAUAUUCCCCCAUUUGGGUUUGUUUUCCUUUCUAAUCUUCAGUUACAGAGUACCAAAAAAAAUUUUCAGUGUGACUGCACUGGUCUAAUGUAUAUUACAAGUUGUUUUUGUUUGUUUGGUACUGGGGAUUAAACCAGGGGCACUUGAUGACUGAGCCACAUCCCCAGCCCUUUUUAUGUUUUAUAGAGAGACAGAAUCUCCCUGAGUUACUUUGGGCCUCACUAAAUUGCUGAGGCUGGCUUUGAACUCACCAUUCUCCUGUCUCAGCCUCCCCUAUUGGCUGGGAUUAUAAGCAUCUGCCGCCAGCCUGGUUUAUUGCAAGUUUUUGUAUCUUGUAUUAAUUAGAGUCUAAAUUCCAUUUCAGCACACAACUAUUUUGGUAUAGUUGCCAAUUAGAACAUAAAGUGAGUUCAGACUCUGUGUGUGUGUGUGUGUGUGUGUGUAUAUAUGUGCACGAAUGCACACAUGUACGCAGACUGGCAUUAAACCCAGGGGCACUCUACAACUGAACAAAUCUUUUUAUUUUUUGCUGUGAGACAGGGACUUCUUAAAUCACAGAGGCUGGACUCAAACUUGUAGUCCUCCUGCCUCAGCCUCCUAAGAAACUGAAUUUAAUGUCAAGUGCUUCCUGCCCAGCUAGGCAUCUUUUUUAGGGGCGGGAACUCAGGGGCACUCGACCACUGAGCCACAUCCCCAGCCCUAUUUUUAUUUUAUUUAGAGACAGGGUCUCACUGAGUUGCUUAGCACCUUGCUUUUGCCGAGGCUGGCUUUGAACCACAAUCCUCCUGCCUCAGCCUCCUGAGCCACUGGGAUUAGAGGUGUGUGCCACCGCAUCUGGCCUAGCCAGGCAUCUUUUUGAUUCUCAUGUUUCUAAUAAGGGGUAGUGAUGUUGCCUCUUUUAUUGAUCACCUUUCUGCAGAUGACAAAUAGACAUGUCACAGUGGCUAUUUAGAGUUCAGUAGGGAAGAGAGCUGGUGCUAAUGUGGCCAUAAAGAAACUGCAGAAGAGGAGUCAGUUCAGGCAGAGCGUUUGAGGACAGCUGCUCUGCUCUGGUGCUAUGAGGUACUUAAAUUCGGCCUUGGGGAAGAGGCUCCUCCAUAGCCUGUUUCAUCUGGUGAUUUUUUCUUUUUAAGUGAACCUUUAGAUUUCUCUUUAACUCAGUUUACUGUGGGCCUAAAUUCCAAUUCUGCAGCAGAGCAAUAAACUCAUAGUACUGAUUUUUCCUAUAGGAAUCCACUCACUAAAAAAACCAAGACAGGAUUUUUUUUUUUUUCAGUAAACUUGUUUUGUGUUUGUUGUCAUUGGAGUGGAGGUGCUGCUGGGAAUCAAUUGCAAGGCAAGUGCUGUACCUCCAAGGCACAACCCAGACCCCAAAUAAACUUUAUGCUCUGCAUAGAACCUUUCUUUGCUCUUAUCCAAGUGGACUUUGUGUUAAGUUAAACAAUUAUUAUGUUACAUAAUAAAAUUUAAGACAGCAGGGUAAACCAAAAGCUGUAGCAGCAACACAGAAGGAAAUUUUGAGACUAAUAUUGCCAAGCAAAUACCUUAAAACAUCCACAUGAAAUCCUACCUUCCUUUCCAAGAUUAGUUCCCUGGCCCUCACUCUGCGUCACUGUCUCUGGUCACCAAAGCUGUUUUUGUGGUAUUUUUCUCUCCUAGACUCAGAUUCUGUUUUCCACUUUCAGACAAAAACCAAAAACUCUCUUCAGUUUUUUCUCUUGCCCAAUGUCUUUUUCACAAUGACUUUGGCAUUUUAAACCUUCACUUAUUUCACAUGGAAAAACUAAUUGUUGUGGAAAAGAUUGCACACAAUAAAGUUACAUUAUUGUCCACGAAAA